CUCAUUAAGUACUGAUAUUAAAUUUUCGUCAGUAGGCGUAACGUUUGCAGGCGCGUUUUUUGAAGUGUUUCACGUUAUGGAUCGUAAAACAGUCAUCAAAAGCAAACUACAAGGAAUAGAGAGGUAUUAAUCUGUAUGUAUUUUGAAAAGAAUUAGCUAUAACCCUGAACACAUAACAGCACUCGAAGAACAUCUUUCAUGGCAGAUCAUAAAUAAUGAUUAUGAUUUCGAAGCUAAUUUAGCUCUGCUUAGAUUGUAUUUAACGAGAUUUUAUGAUUAGCCCUUCUUACAUAGAUAUCAGUUCUAUCCGGAACGCUUCAAUGCUGAGUGUGCGAGGUUAGUGCUGCUGAAGGCAAUAAUAAGUAUGAGUCACUCAGAUUUUACAUUGUGCAAGUACUUGAUUCACUUAGAACAUCUCAGUGAAGAGCCACUUUCACAGGUCGUAGAACUUGGGUUUUUCCUGGAAACCUGUCGGUUUUCUGAGUUUUGGACGAAAGUAAAAGAAAACCCCAAAGUAUUUUCUGCUAUCCCUGGAUUCCGAGAAUCUGUAUGUAGAUUUAUUGUUCAAAUUAUAUCACAAACCUAUCAACGUAUUUCAAAAACAUUAUUAAUGAGCUUUCUAGAUAUGUCAGAGAAUGAUUUAAAACAAUUUAUUACACAAUUUGAAUGGUUCGAAAUCACUGAUAAUUCUAAUUGUAAUUCUAAUUCUAAUUGUAAUGAUCAACUUAUCUUAAUUAAUAAUCAUGAAGAGAAUAUUAAAUCAAUACAAAUACGUGAACGUGUCAAUUUCGAUUCAAUUACAUCUAUGUCUAAUGCAUUUCGACCAUCUAAAAGUGAUUUUUUCAUUAAAACAACAUACAAUCAUCAUCAUCAUCAUAUGAAUAAAGAAUAAAUCAAUAAAUUUAUUUUAUAAAUGAUUGAAAUAGAAAUUUUUUCUCUUUGUA